CUAGAUGCGGUAACUCUAAGUUCAUUUUAAGACUUAAUUUAUGUUUAGUUCAAAAUAAUUGUUAGAAUUAAGCUUUUAUCGUCAGCAAGUGAUGCCCGGCUGCCAGAAUGAGUGGACUGCUGAACGAUAUCCAGCGCAUCAUCGGCGAGCUGCAGUCCGGGAAGCCAGCCAGCCGAAACAAGGGCGUUGAACAGCUGGACGAAAAGCUCAGCAACUGCAGGGAGGAUCUAAAUACCCUAUUCCUGAGCAAAAGAUGUGUGUCUUGGACCGUAGUCUUUGAAGCGUCGAAAGAGGCUCUCUUCAAGAACAUUACCACGAUCACAGCACGCGGCGCCCUGGAGGAUGCCAAUGAAAAGUCCUUUAAGACAUUGGCGGGAAAAUAUUUGUACGACAAUGUUAUUGAGAAGAUCACCCAAUUCAACUUGGAAGCUGGAAUGCAGACCGCCGGAAAUGGACACUUUCUGGCCAAGACAAGCAUCUUCAAUGCGUUCGAGGAGGGUAUCAAGAUGCGGGUGGUAGUAAAGUUCUUUGGAGACCGGAUUCUUAGCCUGUUGGAUAGGGCCCUCUACUCAUCGGCCAGCUAUGUGCGUGAUUUAAAGAUUAAUGAGUACAGCCGCAUCCUCUCCUAUCUUUUAGUUAAAUGUGGAAAGGAUGAGGCCCUGCGCACCAGGAUAAUGAAAUGCGUCACUAAGCAGUCCACUUUGGCCAAGGAUCGGGUUCAACUGCAUGUAGAUCUAGUUGAAUAUUUGCCUGAGCUAAGCAACUUUGCCCGCUCCGCAAAUGCAGCGAGAAAAUUAGAGAUUGUUCGACUCUAUUUAAUAUUCGCCUCAGAGCUCUCUGUUAAUUACCAUCACCAAUUGAGCAUUAAUGCUCAGGAGAUCCUGCCCAAACUAUGCGAGUUCCACGACGAGGACGUUUUCCGGGACGACACCAGAAAUCUGUUCUUCCAGUGCGUCACAAAGUCGCUGCAUUCGUUAUAUCCCAAGUUGGACAUGUGUGAUUUUAAUACUCUUGGUGUGCCUAUUCAGGAAAAAUGGCCGCAAACUCUGGUGCGGCUAAAAACUAUUGUCAACGUGGAGAUUCGUAAAAAUUCUUUGGCCCGCUACAAGACCGCAAAACUGAGCAAUGACAAAUUCUCGGAGCCCUUUAUCAAGAUGUCCGCCUUGGUCAUGUAUAUCGUUCUGUGGCACCUAGAGACGAAAAAGAAUGAUGAAAAUGGGGAAGGCGAUGCGCCAAAAAAGGUCCCGAAGCCUGCCGAUAAAAUGGAUAUUAUAUUGGCCUAAUCGACAAAAAAAGACACACUCUUCAAUGACGUCUUUGCCAUCUUCGCAGAGCUUCUCCAGCUGAGCGGCGUGCUCCUGAAUGUGGCCAACUAUCAGCAGGCGCUGACCACAGUGGCUGAAAUUAUGCCAAUGUACGGCAAUGCCAGGAAUCUGCGGAAUCUUCGUCUAUGUCUGACGAGUAUUCUGAGCAAGGAACGGGAGCUUUUACAAUUGAAAUCCAUUAACGAGGACUUUCUGGUCGACCUAUGGAAUCAGAUGGUGAAUCAUCUGAUCUCAGAGACCACCACCAACAGUGAAGAGAUCAAGGAAAAGCAUCUGGUGCUACAGAUGCUGAUUAGAAACAAAAAACUGAAUCAAAAGAUGGCCAGCACUCUGCUGCACAACAUCACCACCAAUGAGAUGUUGAAGCGCAACGAAUUUUCGACAAUUCGAGAGAUCUUCAUUCAUGCAGACAAAUGUGGUCAGGAUAAAGCCUCCGCGGAUCUAGAGCCUAUCAUAGCGUCCUAUGGCAGUGGGGACCGAAACAACACCGCACAGUUGAUACACAAUAUAGCCAGUAUUGAUUCCCGGCUUCAGGCUGAUACGUUUGCCAUCAGUAUCAUAAACUUUCUGGACGAACAGCAGCUGGAGGAGAUCUCCCGUCCAUCACCUUUGGCUGUUCCCGUCGAACAGAAUCUCUUGGCCUACAAGUACAACAAGCAACUGAUCUGUUUGGACAAUGACUACGCGGCUCCCUUUACGUCAAUCACUCAGCUGCAGAGCGAAACGAAGAAUUGUUUGUUUCAAACCAAUUAUGAUUGCCUAAUGCGCGGCCUAAACUUUCAGAUAGCUAAGGAAAACCAUCCCUCUGCUAUACUGAAGAAUCUUAACAGUCUGUAGAUGGCCUGCACAAUGGAAAGGCUUUUGUAUUACAAGGUUUUUAAUGCAGAUAACUUUACUAGCUGCCCGUUAAUCAAACGAAUUGGUCUGUAUCUGAGCCACAUUGAGUUUCAGUACAAGGCGAACAGCCCUGAGAUGCUGGGAAGCGAUUUGCGAGAAAUUUUGCGCCUAGAAAUCGAUGUACUUGAAGUAUUCAGAACGAAUUUGGUUCUACUUAAUUAUUUGGAAAGGCAACCCCUGGAGAUGUUUCUUGAAUUCGUUGGCGCUGCCUUAAAGCUGCAUUGCAUGCAGAGGGAGCGAUCUGAAAAUGCUGAUCAUUUGACAAUCACCGCUCAGUGCCUUAAUAUUUUGGGUGGCCUUUGUGCCUGCAGUUCGCCGGACGAAGCUUUUGAGCACAUAUCCAAGGUGACAAUGCGGUGGCUUCCCCCAGAUGUGCUUAUUGUAGCCAAGAUGUUAUGCAGCUGCCAGUCUGUUUCUGAUGCAUCCAGCAUUUGGUUAGUGAACAAACUGAAGACUCUUUUUCAGAAUCAUCAUCAGGACUUGGAUGUCAUUGACAAAGUGGUUGAUCAUAUGCCCAGUGAGCUGACAAUUAAUCUCGAUUUUCUCUUUGUAUGCAAAAUGGAACAUCACUUGGACGACAUGCUAAUGGCACUUAACUCGCUAUUAAGGAUUGCUCUUAAGAAGUCCUACACAUCCAACUUAACAGCAAAAAUUGUGCGAUGUGUGGGAUUGAUUGCUAAGCGCUGUCCGGACAUUUACCUGCUGGAGAACUUUACUGUGAUAUGCAAGUCCACUGCUAAAUUCAUCACCAUGCCCACUUUGGAAGUGCGCUUUGCCACACUCUUCACGUUCACCAUUCUUUUGGAUACGAACUGUGUGACUAGCGAUGCCAUUGGCCACUCUCAGACUCACUGGGAUUUCUGCCAGGAGCUCUACGACAGCAUCGAGUUCAAAAAGCUGACGUUCAACAAUGAGGAUUCUGCUCAGAACAGCAAUGCGCUAAUUGUUCAAAUGCUAAUUGCCUUCUUUCUGCGCAGUUCGUUCCACCAAGAGAUUGCGCUGAAGGAGUUGUUGCGCCAAUGCGCCCUGCACAGGCCAAGCGAAAGUGAAUUUGUUUCCCUGCAAAGCAUUGUUCCCGGCUAUGGACAAACUAUGCGCGAUCUUAUACGACCCUCCGGCGUCCUCCUUCACAAGUGGAGCUCCCAACGCUGGCCCAUUUCCAAGUUUCCUUAUUAUCUGUGUUAUGCACGAAAGAGCGAAUUCCGCAGAGUUCAUGCUAAUGAAAUUAUGGCUUAUACCUACCUCUAUGGAAAAACAGAGGAUAUAGAAAAAUGUAUAAAUUAAUCAGCGAGGAUGUAAGUUCAUAAGAAGAUUUCUUUGAUCUUUAAUUCAAUUGUGUUUUUUCUAGGUGCCCUUCCCAUUGUGGCAUCAUUUUUGCUGCCCAAGAGCAGCUGCUGCAGCGAAAGCGAAGGCAAGGACUUUAGGGAUCAUCACCAGGUGUUGGAGAACCUCAGUUACUCCCAACUGAAUGCCACAGAUGUGGAUCUCAAUGUGGACACCCUUUGCAGCGUGGACUUGCUGCACGACCCACAGGAAAUGUUAGAUUGUUGGUUCCUUUGCCCGUGCAGCAGAAGUCGCAGUUGGUAGCUGUCCAAGGAGUCGCUCUUCAAUUGCCUUAAUUGGCAUAUUGUAAGACCCCAAAAAGACUUCUGGGACAGUCGAAUCCAGUCCAUGACUACUCUUCAAAUCAAACAUUCUCGUAUAUUGGUUGAUCUAUUUGGGCGCUUAAAAGCCAAUUGCUUGCGGCCACUUUUUCGGAUCAGGCUUUGCGAAGGUUUUCGUCUAUUGCUGAUGGCAGAUGCUGUCUACGAUGCGGCCCUUGAAAAUAAAAUCACCGUCACCCAAUGUUCCUACUUUGUUCGUGAUAUUUGGUUCUUUGUUGUUCGGUUUCUGUUGCACAGCAAUUUCAGCCGGGUCCAGAUGUCUGUUCUGAACUUCCUGCCUCUGCUGAAUAAACCCAUCUUUGCCUUGCCUGAUUUUGUAAAUCACAUGGGAGCGAUAGCUAACUUUUGAGUAGUUUUCAAAUAGGCUGUGAGCGAAAGCAGUGAAAGAAAAGGCCAGUGCAUGAUAAUGCAAAUUUUGGAAUCAAACAAGAACCAGAUCAACCUAAAUUCAUUUUUGGAAGAGACCACGGAUUGUGAGUUUCUCAAGCCUUGCGAGAGAAUACAAAUCCAAUCUGCCCAACAUGAUAAGGCGGAUGUGGCCAGUUAUCUGCGUUCAUUUCUGUCAAGUCCCACCGCAGAAAGAUUGCGAGAUCUAAGGAAUAUGUGAAUUGCCGAGCAUAAGGACAAGUUGCAAGAAAACGAAAAGCUAUUAUUUGAGCUUAUCAACAAGCUCAUUCAGAUGUCACGGGAUUCGCAUAAGAAGUCGAGCAGUCUAGAUGCCCUUAAGUGCCUGGCUCAAAUUGGGACCGCUAAAACUAUCCAACAUUUCUUACUAUUUCAAACUGAUUUCGAAUCGUUUGAGGAGUUAUCAAAAGAUGAGCCAAUGGAAGUGUUUUUGAGCGUUAUCUGCGAUUUCUUGGACAAAUCAUUAUUCCAGUUCGAUCCCAAAACUCACACGGAUCUUGUGUUAGUAACUAUUCUGGUAGUUAAUAGUAAACCUGGAGCAAAAAUUAUUGAUCGCUAUAAGAAUCUACAGAUAUUUCUGGACAAGUCUACGAAACCUAGUUUUCUGAAUUCCUAUAAGCAAAUUCCUCGCAUUGAUUGGUUGUCGAUACUUAAAGCCACGCGAUUAAACUACGAGUCUUGGAUGUGCGCCUUUGUCUCAAAAGUGUUUCAAGAGUGCGGCUGGAAAGGAUUUGAUGAUCUGGCUGCCAAGUCGUUUGCCUUUGCCAAGACCUGCCUGCAGCCGUUCAUCAAGUUACUACUGGAAAACAAAGAAAGUCUUAAGAGUCUGUGUCUAAUGUUAGAUUACUUUUUUGAAAGUUUCGCCAGCUCGAAGUCGCCGAAUUCGCCUAAUUCUAAGGAGAUAUUUUACAACAAAAGAGCCAUAAAGAGGUUUUUGCACAUCUGCGAGUCCAUACGGAUCGUCAAUGAAUGGAGCAUUCCCGUGAAUCUGAGCAAUGUGGUCAGCAGCAAUCACUGUCAGGCCUAUUUCCUGAGCAUUAUGUAUCUGGAGCUCUGGGCCUGCGCAGCGAGCCCUAUAGAUAGAGCCAAUCUCUUCGACAACGUCUUUCAGGCUGAUGCAAAAAAGGCUUACGAAUCCAUUGGCUGUCUGGGCAUCCCAGGGUUUGUCAAUCCCAUGCGCUCCCGUUUGGAUUUCCUUGGCCAGAGUAGCAGUCUAUCCAAUUUGUUGGAGUCGGAUCAUCUUGACAGGGCCAGCGGUCAACUCUGCGUGGACAUAAUGAAAGGAAACGGUUUGUGGUCGUUUGCCAAACUUCAGCAGCAUCAGAACGUAGAGCCAGAUUACGAGAUCUUCUGGCGCCUUGGACAGUGGGAUUCCCUGACGGAUCCAAAGCACCAGCAAAUCCAGACGGGAGCUAGAACAUCGCUGAAUCUGGAGCAGGAGUUCAAGCGUCAUCAUUUCGUGGCGCUGAGGAGCAUCGGGCAGCGAGAGGAGGAGAACAGCUUGUCAGCCAUAGACAUGGCCUACUGUGUGCGCGACAUUUUGAUGGAGAUCAGCAUGGAGUGCCUGCAAGUGUACAAGUACCUGACUUGGCUGUGCUCCCUCCAGCAAGCAGAGGACUUCUGUCAGAUCCAAUUUGACCAACUGGAUUCUGCCCAGAUGACCCAACUGUUUGGCAAAUGGCAAACGGAAUUGGCUAAGUACGGCAAUUUUUCUUGCAAAGAAUUUUAUGCACAUCAGAUUGCUCUGUUCAAGAUGGCGGGAACCAGCAGUCGUAGAAUGCAAGAAUUCUACCAAAAGAAUCCCAUGGACACGUAUCUACUCAAAGGAAUUGGGGAGUGCAAAAGUGCUGGCAAGUUAAACCUGGCAGCCAAGUACAUUGUUACCCUGCGAGAGCUUCCCAACAUCAGAGACCCACUUCAGAUAAGCGUUUUGUUGGAAGACGCCGAGGUCAAUCUGAAGAUGGGCAACCAACAGAUAGCCAGCAUCCUGGAGUAUGUGACCAACAACAAUGAGUUUGUCUACUGUGUCCAGCGAGUUCCGGCGCUGCGGAUGCAGGGCGAGUUCCUCCUUGACUGCAAUGCCGAGACAUAUUAUGUCCAGACCCACAACUUUGAUAAUUCCCUAAAGCUGAUUGAUGACUUUGUGCUGCACCGCAAGACGUUGAGCGAAAAGUAUCGGGACAUCUUCGAGUGGCAGCAGCUGGAUGCCUUUGCCAGUAAGCACCGGACGGCUGCAUAUGCUGCGAUGGCAAAGUAUGCUGAUCGGGAGUACCAGCAGCUAUACGACUACCGGCACUCCCAGGAAUACCAAACGUUGCAGGACAUCAUCGAGCAGAACCGCCAGGCGGCAGAGAAGGUCACCCAGCGCGAGAACCAGGACCGGCGCGUCAUUUCUGUCCAGAUGAAGCGUUACGCCAGCUUGGACGAGCGUCAGCUAAAGCACAUCGAAGAGAAGCUAACCCAGCACCUUUGCCUGGCUUUGCGCAAUCAUAUGGUCUGUCGCCUGGACAGUGGCUUUUCCAGCGCCGCCAUUUACCAUAUCUCGCUAUGGUUCACCAAUGCCACCAAUGAGCAGCUGCAGCAGACCAUCAAAGAGGAGAUUCUCACGGUGCCCAGUUAUAAGUUUAUUUGUGCUGCCAACCAACUGACCGCGCGGCUUAACUCCAAGAACUUGGGCCUGCUCAAGGGGCUGAUGGACCUUCUGGUGCACUGUGGCCAGGAUCAUCCGCAUCACACAUUUUACCAGCUGUAUCCGCUUGUAUUUGCCCACCUGGAUGGUGAGAACAGCAAUACGGAGCGGUCAGGGGUUGCUCGUAAAAUUAUUGCCAAGAUAUGCGAAAAGAAUGCCGCAGCGGCUGAAUGCAGCAAGCAGCUGGAAUCGCUGCUGCCAGCCCUCAUCACAUUUGCCAACGAAGGCAAGACGGACAACAAUCAGCAGGUCUCGGAUUCCGUGCGUCUGAAGCAGUUCGAGAAGGUAAGGCGCUGGCGGAAUCUGAACGCUGUGCACUGCCCCACCCUCGAGUUGGCCGUCAUGCCCAACAAGGAGUACAAUAUAGCAAGCAUCGUCAAGUGGAACAAUGGCAUAACACAAUGUGGUGGACUAAAUGCGCCUGUGAAAAUUAUGUGCGUAUGCUCUGAUGGUCAGACGCGGGCGCAACUGGUCAAAGGAAAGGACGAUCUGCGGCAGGAUGCCGUGAUGCAGCAGGUGUUCGGAAUUGUCAACGAGCUACUCAACCAGGAUUCUGAGUUCAUCGAGCGAAAGCUAAAGCUGCGCACCUAUAAGGUCACUCCGUUGUCCAUGCGCAGUGGUAUCCUGGAGUGGUGCACCAAUUCAACUCCGGUGGGUCACUACCUGGUUGUGGAAGGCAAAGGAGGUGCACAUGCGCGAUAUCGUCCAAACGACUGGAAUAACAACAGGUGCCGCAAGUUAGCUGCGGACAUCUGAAGCUCUCCAAGGAGGCUCGAUAUUGGCAUCUACCAGCGUAUAUGCGAGCACAUUAAGCCCGUUUUUCACUACUUUCUGCUGGAGAAGUUCCCCAUUCCUGGCGUGUGGUUUGAAAGGCGAUUGGCUUACACCAAUAGCGUGGCCACCACCUCGAUGGUGGGCUACGUCCUAGGACUUGGCGACCGCCACACGCAAAAUAUCCUUAUAGACCAGCAGACGGAAGUUAUUCAUAUUGAUUUUGGUAUAGCUUUUGAGCAGGGCAAAAUCCAGACCACUCCAGAGACCGUUCCCUUCCGGCUACGCGAUUUUGUGGCACCGAUGGGAAUCUGUGGGACGAAAGGAGUCUUUGCCAAAUCCUGCGAGGCCACCAUGCACAUCCUGCGAAGGUAUAGCGUCUUUACCACCAUACUUGAGGUUCUGCUCUACGAUCCCCUCUUUAUAUGGGGGGUGCUCGAGAAGAAGAAAUCAAGCCAGUCAUCACAGCAAUCCAGCGAGGAAUCGGUUAACUUAGUGGCCCAACGUGCCCUGCUCCUCGUGCAAAACAAACUGGAGGGCAGAGAGGCCGGCACCCUUGGCGACUCAAAUGUGGAGGCUCAGGUGGAGCGACUGAUAAACGGCACGCUACCGAGCAAUCUCUGCAUGCUUUUCCCGGGCUGGGACCCGCAGCUUUAGGCCUAAGAUUGUACAUACAUCACAUUUACCACCAGUUUACCACUUGAAUAUAAGGUUUCUACGAUUUUGUAUUAACUUUUUGGGAUCUAAAUCUGA